UGUCUCUCCAGGGUCCUUGCGGUGUGUGUCGUGUUCUGGCGGCGGUGAGGUCAGCGGUCUGUUGAUGUGCUGUUGCUGUGGCAACUGUUACCAUGGCGGCUGCCUCGACCCCCCCCUGGCCCCCUCCCCCCUGUGCCGGCCCGGAUGGCAGUGUCCUCAGUGUCGAGUGUGUCAGAGCUGCAGGUUGCGAGGGGAUGAGGGUGUGCUGCUGGUGUGUGAGCGCUGUGAUAAAUCCUACCACACACACUGUCUGACGCCGCCUCUGGAUCCCACACCGAGCACCGGCUGGAGCUGCAAGAACUGUAGAGUCUGCCGCCGCUGUGGCGUGAGGUCAUCGGGCCUGUGGGCCAAUCACCCGUUUCUGUGUGAGUCAUGUGACCCAGCCCUGCCCUGCCCUCUCUGUGGCCACGCCCCCGACCUCUACACACCACAGGAGUAUCUGACCUGUAUCUGCUGCUAUAGGUACACACACUUGAGCUCCAAGAAAGUCCUACACCCUCUCCCACAGAACUCCAACAAAGUCCUGUACCACUGCACACAGAACUCAAACAAAAUUCUCCACCAUCUGUCACAGAGGUUCAACAACAGAUUUCAACAGCAACUCAUUCCAGUCAAAAGGAGCUCCAAGAAAGACCUGACCAAUCUCACGCUGAUCCCACAGAGCUCCUGGGAUGUUCCUCACCAUCUCACCCUGAUUUUACGGAACACCAGAAAAGCCACACCCCACCUCACCAUAGUCCAGGAAAGCUUCAACCAAGCCCUACACAGUCUCAUUCUGGUUCUACAGAACUUGAAACAAGUCCAAGGCCCUCCCCUCCUGGUCCUGCUGAGCUGUACCAAAGCCCUACCCAUGUGA